AUGAACAAAUGGACCGGGGAACCGGCUGGAACCGGUACCGGAACCGGAACCGGCACCGGAACCGGAACCCGAUGGAACCGGUCGGGCCGGGACCGGGACGUUAUUUUUGUAGAUUUUUGGAACCGGGAACCGGUAGGAACCGGCAAAAACCGGAACCGUAUGAUGCUAUUUUUCAAGGACUGGUUCCAACAUUUGAAGACACGACAAGAACCGGUAGGAACCGGGAACCGGAAGAAGACAACCGGGAUAAGAGGCAUCACCAUUACCGGAGACCUUUUCAAAAUCAUAUCCAUUGUCAUCAGAUCGAACGUCACUACGCACGAUAAGCAAAUCCUUCUGUUACAUAAAACUCUAGGGCUUGAUCAGACCGCCAUGGAACCUUCUAGAAUGACGUUGUACAGGCUCAGCAACACCUCAGUCGUUAUCGAUAUUUACCCGGUUUGGGUUUGGUUUAUUUGAAGAAGAAAUUCAAUUCGUGAAACAAAAAGCUCAUCUUUUUACCCAUUUUGAACAUGAUCUGUUGUGGGAAGAAGACAAGCUUGCUUCCCUUUUGUCUAAAGAGAAAAAUAUUGUUUCAGAAGAAAGGGGAUUUGUUCAGUGAUAGGGUUUUAAUAGGUUUAAGGAAAGAAUCAUUCGAUUGGAUGAUUAGGCUU